AUGAUUGUAUCUGAUCGGUCGUUGGCCACGUCUUUUGGCGCGCUUUCAGUUUCAUCUGGAUUAUCAAUCCUUGCGCGUUCAUGCAGUACCAGCAGUCGAGACACUGCAGUUUCUGCCACCGCUUCUUCUGAAACCUCCACCAAAUUUACCGGAAAUACUCCUACUACUGCUACUACUACUGCUGCUGCUACUACUACUACUACUACCACUACCACUACCACCACCAACACCACCAUUUACAACUUACUACAUAACCAAUCAUCAAUAUCUCCUAAAGAGUUUCCACCUACUUUAUUUUCUCCGUCAUCUCUACGCCGGCUCUCCAGCUUGUCGUCAUCGUCGUCGGCCUCGUCAUUGUCUACGGCUGUUGUUGUUGUUGACGGGCCCGCCCCUCUGAGGAGCCACCCAAAACAUCUUAGUGGGGCCGAGCCCCACUCCAACUCGUCGGUAGCUCUGCCAGAUUCCCAGCCGCUUACAACAACAAAAAUAACCACCAAAGCUUUGCCAGGAAUGGCCCACUUGUUUGACGAGGAGGACUUGGAAGAAGAAGAUCCGCGCAAUUGCUUAAACAACAAUGGAAACAAUGGAAACAACGGAAACAAACACCGUCUUUCAAAGGCAAUGGCUAUGGCAGCUGCUUAUCAAGUCCAGAGAUCUGCCGAUUUAGACGCGACUUACGAUUCAGAUUCUUUUCUUUCGGACACGUCUUUGUUUCAACAACACCGGCACCAACAACAGCCCCUGAGUCCUCAGAAGCUGUUAGUACACCAGAACUCACAACAGCCCCCUGCAACUGGUCAAUUCGCCAAACAAGUAACAGAAGCUACACCCCCUGAAAGUUGUUCAAUAGGAGCAGCCCCUGGAUCUACAACAACUAAUAACACGACUUUGCGGGCCAAAAAUUCUUAUGCAAGUAUUCGUAGUUCAAAAGCAAGAUCCACUAGGAGAACUGCCCUGCCAUCUGGAACCACUACUCCUACCGCUGCUGCUGCCAUGAGACACCAGCCUUCAAUGUUAGAUUUAAUCGAUAACCGAAAGCUUACCACUUUCCCCCAAGUAUAUAACACUGUCAUUGGGCUUUCGGAUUCAAUUGAACAUGAGUCAAUUCCUGUCGGACCCGGCGCACGUCUUAUGAGCCUAUUUACCCGUCGCGACGAUGACGAAGAUAUUGAUGGUGAUGAUAAUAAUAUUAAUAAUGACGACACAGAUAUUUACCCAGAUAUGUUGGACAUAACUACAAGCAUUGUUUUUGUUGAAGAUUACUUUACAAAACCUCACCCAGAUUCUAACAAUACUGACGAUCUGGCAUUGUCGUCUGCACAAUCUCCUUCUUCUUCUUCUUCUUCUCCUUCUUCUUCUUCUUCUUUUCACUCUUCUAAAAAACCAGCAUCCCUUUCGCCUUUCUCCACUAUGCGGAAGGGCACUCUCGUCAAGACUUGUAAUCAUUGCUCCAAGCCUCUUUAUGAUCUUACAGGCUCUGACUUUUGUGAAUUUGUCUGCACUGAUUGCGCCGGUGUGCGCCAGAGUCAACAACUUCAUUACCAUACCAUUUAUACAUCUUGUUCAGCCAAAGACCAAUAUGGACAACUUCACGUUAAAAAACAACGCCGACUGCUCCGCCACACAGAAUCUCUCGGAGACUUAGGGGCUGCAACUAUUGCUGCCACUCUCCCAGGCUCCUCUUUUGCCAAUUCGAGUUCGGCAUCGCUGCUUAUGUCGCUGGCGGCUCGUAGCGACCGCUCUGAUUGGUAUACCACUAUGCGCCGCAAGUUGCGCUGGCGUUGGCGUGUUUCCGGGCUUCUUCCUCAACGGUCCUAA